CAGUUUUGCUGGUGCUGUACUUCUACUUUUACUGAAAUCCAGUGUCGGAAGCCCAAUACUUCUAUUAUAUCCCUCUAUCCAUCACAAUUCAAUUCUAAAGAGAGCUUCAAAAGCAAGUCUUCUUUUCAAAAAAGCAAGUCCGCGCUUUGGUUCGUUCAGUUAGUUGAACACACACACACACCAGCACCAUGACAGCCCAACAACACCAAGAGCAAGCGGAACGCAGGUUUGUUCGAUUUGCCCAAGAGAGUUCCUUUGAAGUUCGGUAUCUGGAUGUCGACGAAGAAGGCGACGCCCAACGGUCACACAUGUCAGCAGACUUUGCCGAGCGCAAAGAGCGACGAAGACAAGAAGCCGAGGAAUGCAAGUCCAAAGGCUACGGUUUCCUCAUGAUGGAUUCGUUUGAAGAUCCAGUGGCUCACGUCCAGAAACACAUUAAUGCCUUUGCCCGACUCCCGGACAAUGUCUGCGGCCGUGGCUUGGAACGACAAGUCUCCAACAAACAUGACUGGGAACGACGAGAAUGGAGGGCCAAGUGUGUCCAGAAUGUGCUCGCCGCCGAAAGCAAGUUGCGAUUCCAAGGCGGAUGGAAUGACGAAGACAACAUCUGGGAAGAGCUUGCCAAGAUCUCCAAACAAGCCUCUCGAUCGGCCAAACGAUUUGCUCGACGACUGGGCAAGGCGGACGAAGUCGUUGUGCAGCAAGGAGAACUCGAGGACUUGGACGAUGCUCUCACCAUGGUCAACGAAAUCAAAGCAUUCCAAAUGAAGCGAAACUACGAAUCGGUACGCAGUGUGCCGGCUGCAAGUGUACCGGAUUCUCCUGGCGUACGAAGUCUCGGUGGUCGAAGAGCCAGCAUGCAAGACCUUACCAACCGGCCCGGUAUGAGCCAAUCCUUCAGUGGCAGACUACGAAGGACUCCGGCGAGGAGUCUUUCCGACCGUGUGAUCGAUGGAUCCAUCAUCCCCAAACGACACUUGGAGUUUGACAGAACCAGCAGUCCAUUUGAUGACCAGCAGGAUGACAACAAGAGCAGAUCAUCGCAGAGCAGCAGAAAGAAGAGGCGAGAGAGGCGAAAGAGCACUACUUCCUCUACCGCCACUCCCACAACCCCAACUCCCCCCAAGAAGUUUAUCAAACGAUGGAGUUCCUUCAAGAUACUGGACACUAAAACGGAAGACGUGGCCAAAGAACCAUAUUCUCCGCAUCCCACCACCCGCCGAACUAGGCAUGCUCCGAACACUAACACAGCACCCACACAACAAAGCCCAGUCAGAGGCAUGUUGCAACGGUGGAACUCGUGGUCCAUUGGCAACGGUGUUGCCAAGAGGGCUGCGACCACGGAUGAACUCCCCAAGUCACCUGCGACCAGCUACACUUGUUCGUCGUCCAACCACCAAGAAAUUUCUCUCUCGGCGUCCUUUUCGACUCUGUCACAAAUGGUCGUGGACAAAGAGGAGGAUACUGACUUUGAUGACAGCAUGAUUUUCAAUCGCAGACGCACCCAUCAAGCUCCCGCCUAUCCCCCCUCUCUGGCUACUUUGGAAGAGUUGGACAAUUCCUGGACGGAUUCGGGCAACAACAACGGCAACUCCUCCUCCAAGUCGUUUUUUGCCAAGUGGAGUAGCCGUCGCAAGAAGACCGAGUCGUCGGAACAAGAAGAAGGGCCCAUGCGGGAUGACUCUGGUGGCAGUUUGGACCUUACCGAUCUCAACGGCGGCGACGACGAGUCGACGGUGGGCAGCAGGAGCACGCGCUCGCGAAGGAGGCGCACUGACGACUGGUCGCCCAAGGCACCACCCGCCACUCGGUAUUCUUCUUCUCCUCGCAAGCAUUCCGCUACUUCUCCUCGCAAGCAGCAACAACAGAAGGAAACCAUGACCCACAAGAAACUGCAACUCCUCAAGGCGGAACGAUGGGCGUCGUCCAAAUUUGCGCAGUCCACCUCUGCGCUUGGGACGGUCGAUGAGCUGUCUCAGCAAACACAUCAGGAUUGGGCGACCGUUGUGAGUGACAUUCCCAGGGUCACUCGACGACGCGACUUGCACGUUACAUCCAACAACUGGAACUCGGCAUCGGCAUUGCUAGAGACGGAACAGGAAGAGCCAAACCCAGCUGAGUUCACACCCAAGAGGAAACGCACAUUGAAGAGAAUCUUGAGGAGUUGGAGUUCCUCUUCCAGGUUGAUCAAGGUUGUUGAGAGCCCCACCGCCAACAAGAGCCCCGAAGGAGACAACAAGCCAAGGAGAGGCAGGUUGACUCGUUGGAGUUCCCUGGGAGGCCGAAAGAGCUACAACGCUCAAGAUGACUCGUCGACAGUUUUGGGAUCCUCUCAGCACUCGUCCACCCACGGAACCCUCCUCAUGGAGAGCCCGGAAAUGGACAUGAGUCUGCCAGAGCAAACCACAAGGAGACGUCCGGUCCUGCGUCACACCAACUCUACAUCGGCGCUCUUUGCAGAUGAUGGACGAAAGGCGCCGGACAGAACAGAUUCCGAUUCCACGUUGGAGUCGGACUUGACUGCCUUGACACCGCCGGUCACCCCCACCAAGGAACAGAAGUUGAAGCAGAACUUGAUUGUGCGACUAAAGACACGAGGAAAUCUCUUGCAGGGACGCUCGUCCAGACUGUAUCUCGGCCCCAACAAUGGAAGGCGAGCAACCACUACCAACUAAAUCAUUGGGAGCAGUGCGCUAGUAGUUGUAGUAGUGUGGCUAAUUGAAAGUUUAAGCGAAAGUAUUAACCAAGUGAAUCCUAACCGUGCCGUACAGUUCUGUA